UUCAUUUUCAACAAAACUUCAAAUUAUAAAGUGAAAGCUCUGAUCAUCUGUCAGAUUAAUCUGAAUACAAAUAUUGCGUUUUAUUAGUGAAAAAAAUGAUUAAUUGGACCUUAAAACAGCUUUAGGCUUAAUUAAAAGAAUGAGGAAAUUGAUCUAGCAGCGGAUUUGGUUAUAUAGUUCCUACACUGACUGCAGCUAAGAUUACAAUGUUGAAAAUAAACCUAGUCCUGGUUACACUAGGACUGGUCACGUCACGAAGGUAUCUGGUGAAAACAGGAGAGAAGAAAACAAAUAUUACUCAAGAUCCUAAACCUGCAGAUGGGACAGGCUAUGCAGAUGCAGGGUUUACUGGGACGGAUUAUGGAAUGAAAGAUUUUUUAAAGAUGAUGACUCGGGAGGAAAAUUUAGAUGUUGCAAGUGAAGCAUUUAAGCAACUUUUCAAAGAUGAUGAGGAUGAGAAGUCCGCUCCAAAAGAUCCAGAGGAUAUAGCAGACGAUAUUAUUGCUUUAAAAAAGGAAAUAAGUGAUGGACAAUCUGCCAAUGCAAAAAUGGAGUCUAGCCUGUCUAACUUUAGGGUAAAAAGUGCUACAGAUCAGGACAGCCAGGACUUGGAUACAGAGGAUGAUAAUGAUGAUACUGAAGAUACUAAUCAUGCUUGGGAGACUAAAGAUACUAUUCAUUCUGAAGAUACAAAUCAUACUGAUGAUACUGAAGAUACUGAAGAUACUAAUCAUACUUCUGAUACUGAAGAUACUAAUCAUACUUCUGAUACUGAAGAUACUAAUCAUACUUGGGAGACUAAAGAUACUAAUCAUUCUGAAGAUACUAAUCAUACUGAUGAUAAUGAAGAUACUGAAGAUACUAAUCAUACUUCUGAUAUUGAAGAUACUGAAGAUACUAAUCAUACUGAUGAUAAUGAAGAUUCUAAUCAUACUGAUGAUACAAAUCAAAAUGAUGAUGCUAAUCAUAUUAAUGAUACUGAAGAAACUAAUCAAACUGAUGAUACUAAUCACACUGAUGAUACAAAUCAAAAUGAUGAUGCUAAUCAUAUCAAUGAUACUGAAGAUACAAAUCAUACUGAUGAUACUAAUCAUACUGAUCACAAUGAUGAUACUGAUGAUACUACUCAUACUGAAGAUAAUGAUGAUACUAAUCAUACUGAUCCCAAUGAUGAUAGUGAUGAUGAACAUGAUGGAUUUGGAGAUGAUCGAAUGACAAAUGAUAAAGAGGGUUUUGAUGACACAACGGCUGAUGAUGAUGAUGGUGAGGAUAAUGAAGAUGUUCCUUUCAACGACAAUGAAAGCAUAAGAACGACCAACUAUACCGAGAUACGAUGGCCAGUGAAUUUUAACUUUUCUCUCCAUUACCUGAAAUAGAAAAUAAAAUGCUGUGGAAGAUAAAUGUAUUCUCAAUCCUUAUUAGGGUUUCCAUCGCAAGUGAGUUUUACUUUCGCGCAAUUUGGGGUCCUGUAAUUUCCGCGCAAUUCCGCAAAAUACGAGAACAGUUGCGCGCAACGGAAUUCAGAUCGGAAACCCUAAUCCUGAUAUAUUUAGUUUCUGUCAAAUUAUUCUAAAUGCUCUUCAAUUGAAAAAUAAAUUUUCUGAUUUUU